GAGCUUCCAGCAGUGCUGCCCGGCCGGGGAUGCGCUGGGAGCCGGGAUCCUGCGGCCGGGACCAGGCUGAUCUGAUCCAAACCGGGCUGAGCAUCCCGGUUCCCCCCCAGGGAGAGGAAGAUUUGCAGCCCUGGGGGGCUUCAGGGUUUGGAGAAAAGGGAGAUUGCAUCGAAAAGGAGAGGCUGGUGGGAAAUAAGCCCACGGGGAAGUGUCACCCACUUGCGAUUUGGUCGUAGCAUUGUGGUGAAGGGAGUGCUGGCAACCGUGUGCCUGCCCCCAAAACAGGGCUUUCUGACCCCAAAAGAGACUGGAUGGAAGAAGGGGGAGAGCUGGAGGCACCUGGUCCUCGGGGGAGAAAGCUGGGCAGCACCAGGAACAGCCAAAAAGGAGACAGGACACGGAGGGAGGACGGAGGUCACCACGUGGAGCAGGAGGGUCCGGCUGAAGGCAAAGUGGGCGAAACUACGGUGAUAGAACCAGAAGGGGAUAACGGUGGGAAAGCUCAUGGGAUGGAGCCAAGGAAAGCGGGGAAUGAAUUCGCCCAUGGCGAUGGGAAUGGGCAGCUCAUUGCAGAAGAAAGUCUCUACGAGUGUUCGCACUGCAAGAAAUGCUUCCAGGAGAGGUCGGAGCUCAUCUGCCACCAGCGGCUGCACCGAGGGGAAAAGGCUUUCAAAUGCCAAGAGUGCGGCAAGGAAUUCGGGAAGAGCUCGGACCUGAGCACACAUCAGAAGAGCCACAUGGUGGAGAAACCCUACCAGUGCUCGACGUGCGAGAAGUUCUUCAAGGACAGGUCAACGCUCAUCAGGCACGAGCGAGUGCACACCGGGGAGAAGCCCUACAAGUGCCACGAGUGCGGGAAGAGGUUCACCAGGAGCUCCGACAUCGUCGUCCACCAGCGGAUCCACACGGGGGAGAAGCCCUUCGAGUGCUCCGAGUGUGGCAAGAGGUUCAGCCAACGCUCCAACCUCUUCACCCACCGGAUCGUGCACACCGGGGAGAAGCCAUUCGCGUGCCACGAGUGCGGGAAAAGCUUCGCCCGGAGGUCGGAGCUCACCAUCCACCAGCGCACGCACACCGAGGAAAAGCCCUACCAGUGCUCCCAGUGUGAAAAGUCCUUCAGGGGGAGGUACGGGCUCUUCAGGCACGAGAGGCUGCACACUGGGGAGAAACCCUAUGAGUGCUCCGAGUGCGGGAAGAGCUUUGGGCAGAGCGGGGACCUUAUCACGCACCAGCGCUUCCACACCGGCGAGAAGCCCUACCAGUGCGGCGAGUGCGGGAAGUUCUUCUGCAAUAAAUCCAGCCUCGUCAAGCACCAGAAAUGGCACUCGGGGGAGAAGCCCUACAAGUGCCACGAGUGUGGGAAGAGCUUCGGGCAGAGCUCGGACCUCAUCGCCCACCAGCGCACGCACACGGGCGAGAAGCCCUACCCGUGCGCCGAGUGUGGGAAGAGGUUCACCAGGAAAUCCAGCCUCCUCGUGCACCAGCGGGGCCACAGGGGACAGAGGACAGGAGAGAAGAAAUAUUUCUGCAAGGAGUGCGGGAAGAGCUUCAGGCACAACUCCAACCUCAUCGUGCACCGGAGGACGCACACCGGGGAAAAGCCCUACGCCUGCUGCGCGUGCGGGAAACCCUUCAGCGACAGGUCGAACCUCGCCAAGCACCAGAGGCUGCACAGCGGGCAAAAGGUUUUCCGGUGCCGUGAUUGCAGGAAAACCUUCGGGAAUAACCCCGAUUUCCUCGAGCACCAGAAAACGCACACGGGGGAAAGGCCGUUUCAGUGCUCCGAGUGCGGGAAGAGGUUUUGGCACAGCACCAAGCUGGUGAUGCACCAGAAAACUCACGCGGUGGAUAAAAUCUACAAGUGCCCGCGGUGUGAAAAGCGCUUCAAGGACAAAUCCACGCUGCUCAGGCACGAGAUGGUGCACACUGGCGAGAAGCCGUACGAGUGUCACGAGUGCGAGAAGCGAUUCGCUCGGAAAUCGGACCUGACCGUCCAUCAGAGAAUCCACACUGGGGAGAAACCCUUCGCUUGCGCCGAGUGUGGGAAGAGCUUCAAUCACAAAUCCAACCUCUUCACCCACCAGAGGAGGCACACGGGGGAGAAACCUUUCCGGUGCCAAGAGUGCGGGAAGAAUUUUGGCCACCGGACGGAUCUGCUGGUUCAUCAGCGGACCCACACGGGCGAGAAGCCCUUCCGCUGCUCCGAGUGUGGGAAGUGCUUCAAGGGCAGGACCACUCUCAUGCGGCACGAGAGGCAGCACACGGGAGAGAGGCCCUACACGUGUCCCGAGUGCGGGAAGAGCUUCGGGCUGAGCGCGGACCUGGUGGUCCACCAGCGCUUCCAUACGGGGGAAAAACCCUACAAGUGCGGCGAGUGCGGGAAUUUUUUCUGCAACAGCUCAAGCCUCGUCAGGCAUCAGCGGAAACACACGGGCGAGAAGCCCUACAAGUGCCAUGAGUGUGAGAAGUGCUUCGCACAGAGCACAGAUCUCCUCGAGCAUCGGACGACCCACACCGGGGAGAAGCCCUACCCGUGCCAGCAGUGCGGGAAGUGUUUUGGCAGGAAAUCCAACCUCAUCGUGCACCAGCGAGUGCACGGACUCGGCAAACACCAGCGGGGUGGGAAAAGCUUCCAGGUGAAUCUGGUCCGCCCCGACGGGCCAAUGGACGCCGCUGCUGCGGCAUGCUCGGGGUGCACCUGAGAGCUUUGGUGGAACUGUUGAGCAUCACUAGUGACACGGUGGAGAAAACCCCUGCAAAUGCCUGGAGGAAAGAGGCAAAAUGGAGAAAAAUCUCAGUAGAUCCUAGAAGAGACGGUGUGGAAGGAACAGCCUGUGGAGCAUGAGAAGCGUGGGACCUCGAUUUUCUACAGCAGAGUCUGCAAGGAUGGGGAGAAUAACCUGUGUGUAUGUUUUAGGGUGGCCAAAGUAAAAUGUGAAAUGGUUUCUUAAAUGAUGUGUAUUAUAUUGCAAGCACCUCGAAUGGUCUUGGCAUUCACUGCAUGGCUCCUGCUCUUCUGGUGGUCUUUCCCCUGUCCCAGUGCAGCCCAGCUCUUAGCCAGGCUUCUGCUCAUCACCCUUCCCAUUUUUGUCCUUUGGUCCUCCUGCCUGCAUCCUGGGCCUCCAGAAGCAUCUGUAGGGUGGACAAAGUCAUCCCACAAGCAUAGCCUGUGCUGGGCUCCAGCCCAUAGCCCCACAUGCAAUCCAAGGCCAUGAAAGGCCGCAGUGACACCCACCGGCUGCCGAUGGGCCCACCCCAUCCUUUCGCAUUGGGUGAGGCAUCCCAUUGCUGGAUGGGGCCAUCCUGUCACCUUAUCAGCUGAUGGAGAGACACCUACAGAGCCUGGGCUUACCCGAAACCCUUUUACGGCCUAGGGUUGACAAGACCCACACCACCAUGACCACCGGUUCGCAGCCAGGGCGUUAUUAGCACAACUCCAAAUAACACAGCCAUAGUGCUCCCACAGAUCUUUACUGUGGUGGCACCAUGGGUAUCCUUAGUUUUUUUGGAGGAAAGGAGGUAAUGAGGAGAGGGAAGGCAACAGGAGGUAGGUCCUGGCACAUGGUGAGGAGAAAAGGGAAGAUGAGGCCAAAAAGCCUCUUCGUGAAAUAUCUGAGCACCCCAAAGACUCUUGACCAUCUCUCUGACCAAAUCUGAGCAGUUCCCAAGUUCAGGAGCAAAAGUACACCCAGAAAGCAAGAAAAAC